AUGUCACUGAUAUUCGAUACUUCUGAAGAUGAAAUCUUCCAAACUGUCCAGGUUGCUCCGAAGAUGACUGAGAUUACUGAAAAACAGAAGAAUGACCCGCUACGAAAAGCCAAAAUUAUUCUGAGUUCUCAUUUGUCAAGUCUUCAAACACCAAUCACGAAAAAAGAACUUAUGACAAAGAUGUGGUAUGUUUUAAAUGUUAUGAUAUAUCUCAAGAUGUGUGUUUUUUUCAGCGAAGAAGAAGGUUAUGUUUAUGACUAUAAAAAAGAUGGAUUCACAACACUUGAUGAAUUACUUCAAGCAUGUACCGAUACAGUUGUUUGUCAUAAAUCAUCUACCGAACCUUGGAGAUAUUCUGCUGUAACAACUGAUUCGAAUAGAGAUAUUAGUAGACUUGUUGAAAAUCAAAAAUCAGAUCAUCAAUUGAAAUCAUUUUUCAAACAAGGAAGCUAUAAUGGAAAAACGAGUCAUGGUUCAGUUUUUAGAAAUAAGAGAGGCGAAAAAAUAACAUCAGCCGAAGAAGCAAUGAGAAAACAACAGGCAUAUAUCGCUCGGUAAACUUGAUUUUUUUUUCGAAAUCUGUAAUUUGUUUUCUAAUUUUAGUGACGGUGAGAGAACUCGUUUCAAAAGUAAGUCGAUGUCCGUUGAAAGAGUCAAAGACUACGCGAAAUAUAUCGAUGAACGUCGUUCCGAACUUCAAGAGCUUUCUCGACAAAUUUCAAAUGGUCAAGAUUUGAUCAGUUUAUUGGUUUUUCAAACCUAUUUGAGCGAUAAAACUAGCUUGCCAAUGUGGGGUAAAAUUCUACCUGAAGAGUAAGUUUUUUUCAACUUUCAAUCAGUUUCAAUUGAUCAAUAUUCUAUAUUUAGAGAAUUAUACAAUUCGUUGAAUGUGCCUCAACAUGGAAAAUAUAUCAAACUUACAAAAAUUAAUGAUGUAAGUAUUUUUUCGACAUAAUUUUUCAAAUGUUUUUUUUCAAGAAUUAUUUCAUUGACACCUGUCCAUUCAGCGAGGAAGAAGAAGAAGGAGAUUUCGCAGAUAAUACAGGUUUAUUUUUUCCAGUUGAUCAAAAUUUUUCAAAAAUUCCAGGAGCUCGUGUUGAUCAAUCGACCAUGUCAGUUUAUUUUGCUUUGUUUCCUCUUUCGUUCAUUUUUGUUAUCAUUUCGAAGUUUUAAUUCCGAAAUUUCGUUUUUUGGAAUUUUAACUUCGAAUGAACACAAAAUGUAUGUAUAUUUUCAGGUAUCUGUCAGAAGAUCCAAAGAAGAAUGUAAGAAAUCAGAUUUAGCUUUUUUUUUUUGAAAAUUCAUUUUAUAAAUUUUAGAUGACACUCUUGGAGCCAGAUUACUGUGAGAUUGAAGAAACCGGGCCAGGUUUCAGAAGAGGUUGUUUCAAAUGGUUCGGUUCAAUUAAAAAAAAAUUCAUUUUCAGCGUCAAAAAAUCGACCGAACAAUACCAGUUUAUUGGGAGAUCAAAAUGCACAAAUUGAGCAAUUGCCACGUCCAAGUUCAGCUGUUUCAACUCCGGUUAGAAAACAUUUUUAUGGAAUUCUUUGAAAGUUGAUUAAAUUUUUCAGAAUGAUUUGGGUUUUGGACAAGGAGAUGAGUUCACAGAGGCAGAAGGAACAAGAAGAGUUGCGAUUCAUGCGGAUUCUCGAGUUCCUCGUAGAGGUUUUUUUUAUUUGUAAUUUCUUCAAAAUGAACAAUUUUUCCAGCUGGUCGUCAAAAAGUAAUUGAAGAAUCGAUUGCUCCAACACAAUCAAAACAUACAGUUGGAACAUUGGUUCAAUUCAUCAUGAAUAAAGGUUCAAUCAAUUACAACACACUUGUUAGCGAAGAACGUGCAAUUGUCGACAAUUCAAAACUUUUCAUUGUAAUUAAUGAAAAUCUGUGUAAGUUUCAAUAUGCUUUGUUAUUCUCGACAUUUAAAUAAUUUUUGAUUUUUAGCCAACACGAUUGUUCAACUCAGAAAACCGAUUGAGAAUAUUGAAGAUAUCGAUUGUGAGGAUUUCUCGAGUAGAACUCUGAUUGAAGCUGAUAUUCGUUGGUUGGUUGAUGGAAACACGAGAAUUACAGAAGAUACAUCUGUUCGAAAUUUUCAACUCGCUGUAUUUGUUCCACCAAGAGGACUUCUCUUCAUUGAUAAAGAUUCAGAUGAAACCGUUUCGGAAGAAAUCAAUGGAAAGAUCAGGUAUUUAUUUAUUCAUUCCGAUAAUCCUUACCUGAAAAUGAUGAAAUAUUUCAGAGAAGCUAUGGAAGGUAAUCGAGUUCCAGUCAAACGAAGUUCACUUGUUAUUGGAAAACCGUAUUUGUACGAGUUCUUUGAUGAAGAAAACGGCGAAAUGCAGUAUUUCCGUGUUAUUGUUUCGGAAGAGGGCGAUGAUUCGAAUGGCAAAACUUUGCGUGUCUUCUUCAUUGAUCUUCCCACCAUACACAAAUCGGAUGUUAAAUGCAAAGAUUUGUUCGAACUUCCUGAAGAAUUCAACGUCAAAAACUAUGCGCCUACAAUUCAAUGGGCUGCUCUUCCGGAAGUCGAUGGAACUAUCACGGUAAGUCCAAAAUUAUUAACUUAUUAUGUUCAUUCUUAUUGAUUUGUAGGAUUUGCAAUUGAAAAUAAACGUCCAAUUGUCGAAGAAUCGAAAUUGUGUCGGUGUUUAUUAUCGAGCAAAAGACAAUGUAAGUUUUAUUAUUUAUAUGAUAUCCACAAAUACGUAUUUUGUUUUCAGUCAAUUCCAUAUGCUGAUUUUGUUUGUCGAAAUGAACUUGGAGAACUCGAAUUCAUGUCAUCAUUGAUUUUGGUGAGUUUUUAUUUUAUAAAAUUGUUUCUGGUUUUACUGUCAUUAUUUUCAGAGAUACAAUGGUAAUCCAAUUGAACAGUCUGCAAUCGAAAAGUUCCCCCAUUACAAAAUUUCAUGUGAUCAAAUUCUUCGCCUUGCUAGUUCUGAUGAAGUUUUCAAUCUAUCAGAAUUAGAGUUUCCAGCCGAAUGUGAGAAUCGUGUUCCCUCAACAAUUCUCAUCGAAGACGCGCGCACUCCGAUCAAUGCCGAAGACCCAUUUGAUUUCCUAUUUUUGAAAUUCCAAGAAAUGGUCCAAAACAAAGACAGUAAUGCAGUUUAUUUAUAUCAAACAAUCAACUGUGUGGUGAGUAAAUCAAGACAAGUAGCUUAAAAUGUGUUCAUUUUUCAGACAAAAGAUGCCAACUGUCCAGCAGUUUUCAGAGACAUGAAAUCUGCAAUGAAAGAUGAAUUGGAGAACAAUUUCAAUGAUUUAUUCUAA